GUGCACAGUCUACUCGUCAGAGAGAUGCCACGGCAUUCGUUCCUUCCUUUUCUCUUUUUUCGAACGGUGCAUCGCAUUUUUCAAAGCGCGCGAUGCGAUCGCUUCGUCGUAAUAUCCGGCGAAAUUGAAAAGGAUGGAACGUAACGCAACGCAAAAUGCGUUGUUUUGUUUGUCGUUUAUUGUGUUCGAUAUACGGAGAGUAGAAACUCGCAAAUUGAUUGCAAGUCAAAUCACCCCGGAAGUUUUGCCCGAGUUCUUAGCCCCUUUGGAAAAUCAUACGGUGAUCCAAGGUCGUGACGUCUUCUUCACCUGCGUCGUUAAUCAUCUGCAAUCGUACAAGGUAGCCUGGAUAAAAUCCGAUUCCCGUGCGAUUCUGGCGAUACACACACACUUGGUGGCACACAAUAAUCGAUUAUCCGUGACGCACAACGGACAUAACACGUGGAAACUGCACGUGUCGAAUGUUCAGAAGAACGAUUCCGGUACCUAUAUGUGUCAAGUCAACACCGAUCCCAUGCGCAGUCAGAGACUGUCUGAAUUUUCAGAUAAAAUGCUGUCUGAAAAUUCCAACAAACUUCAAUUGUCAGACAAACUCUUCUGA